AUGCGCCCCCUGCGUGCCGCGAGGCUUUCCGGCACGGCUAGGUCAUGGGCCCUGCAGAGGUCCUACUCGGUUCGUGUCCCUGGCGAGUGCCAGCGAGACAUCAAGACGGUUGCGGACCUCAAGGCAUGGGGUCCCGCCGCCAAAGUCCCGGAUGUUGAGGUCUCCGGAUGGGUGAGAUCGGUGCGCAAGAGUUCGAACGUGCGCUUCAUCGACAUUACCGAUGGCUCGUCAAUGAGGCCAGUCCAGGUCGUCGUCGAUAAGACGUUGGCUGCAGACAUGCGCCCAGGUGCCGCAGUUCGCCUCAGGGGGACAUGGGUAGAUGAGAUCAAGGGGCGGCCUGGAGAGUCUGGCGUUGUUUCUCAAGAUGGAUCUUCAGAUGCGAAUGGAGGAAGAAGCAAAGUUGAUAUUGCGGAUACUUCGGCUACCCCUGAAGACUCAUCAGUGACGAGCACAACUACCAAUGCUUCCAAGUCAGUCACUGCGGAACUUCAAGUCACCGAGGUGGAACUUCUUGGCCCGUCUGAUCCUCAGUCUUACCCUAUCCAGAACAAAUACCAAACCCCCGAGAGCCUCCGGACAAUCUCCCACCUUCGUCCACGCACUCCCCUCAACUCCACCCUCCUUCGAUUCCGCUCCGAUUCCACUGCCCUCCUCACGCAGUUCUUCUUUCGGGAAAAGUUCCAGCAGACGCAUCCCCCCAUCAUCACCUCCUCUGACUGCGAAGGCGCCGGCGAGGCCUUUGCUGUCAAAGCCAACGGUCCGGCAGAGUUCUUCCGUGACCCAAAGUACCUUACAGUCUCAUCUCAGCUUCAUCUCGAAGCCCUCGCUCAGGCCCUCGGCAAUGUCUGGACUCUGUCGCCGACGUUCCGUGCCGAGCAGAGCGAUACCUCCAGGCAUCUAAGUGAGUUCUAUAUGCUCGAGGCUGAGAUGAGCUUCGUCGAGGACAUGGAUGAGGUUAUGGGCCUGGCGCAGCGGAUGUUGAACUCUCUCACUCAAGGUCUCCAGGAGCUCAACGCUGCGACCGAGCUCAAGAAGAACCGCAUCGACUCCAAGGAUCCAGCUGAGCGUCUAGCCUACGAGGACCUGGUCGACCAAGUCCAGCUAGACCGCCGCUGGCGAGGCAUGCUCACCUCCAAGAAAUGGCCCCGUGUUACCUACAGCGAUGCCAUCGAGAUGCUCAAGCCCGUCGCAGAUCGCUUCGAGCACAAGCCUACCUGGGGAUCGGGCCUCCAGUCGGAGCACGAAAAGUACCUAGCCGAACUGGUGGGUUUCGACCCAGUCGCUGAUGCCUACCUCCCUAUUUUCAUCACCCAGUACCCGCGUGAAAUCAAGGCCUUCUACAUGCGCCAGGCCGCCGCCUCGCCUGUUAAAGGCCCGACGGUAGACUGCUUCGACCUAUUGGUGCCCAACCUCGGCGAGCUCGCGGGUGGCUCUAUGCGCGAACACCGUCUUCCACAGCUCGAGGACAACAUGAGGGCCCUGGGCCUCGAGGUGCCCAACAAGCGCUCCGCGAAGGGCAAAGAGCUGGCCUGGUACCUUGACCUGCGUCGUUGGGGAUCUCCUCCCCAUGGCGGCUUCGGCCUGGGCUUUGAUCGCCUACUGAGUUACUUGACUGGAGUACCCAACGUCCGCGACGUCGUGCCUUUUCCUCGCCACUACGAGCGUUGCGACUGCUAG